AUGGACACACUGAAGCAGCUGCUAAACUUAAAGGAGCUUGAAGAUGGUACCAGUUGGUCAGAAUCACCGGUAGCGACUUAUCUGGAAGAUGUGAAGAGAAACGAAGUGAUAGUUGACCCUGAGAUGAUAAAGGAGGUUCAAGAAUUACAGUUAAAAGAAAACUUAGUGGAACAGACCCUAAGUGAGAUCAUACCUCCCAUGAAAGAGUAUUUGAACAACUUUCAUACACAAUUGGAAGUAUUAACUAAAGAUUUAAGCUUUAUUAAGGGUAAGUCUAAAGAGCUUAACAGGGUAUUGGAGGAUAACUCUAAGAAGCUUGCAGAAAUUAGCCCACUGGUAAAUGAUCUCGUGAUUUCGCCUGAAAUAGUCAACCAGGUGUUGCAAGAACCGGUGAAUGCAUCUUUUACUGAAUGUCUGGCGUAUCUAAUCGACAAACAGGAGAUUUAUAACCAGUACAAGGAAAAACAAACGCCCGUAGAUUUUAAGGAAUUACAAGAGAUUCUUCAGCUCCUGAAAGCUGUAUGUGUUGAAAAGAGCAGGAAAUUCAUAAUAGCUCGGAUUAAACGCUUGCGACAGACGGAACCCAUUUCCUCUCAACAAAUACAGGCGGAGCUUCUCGAAGUACGCGAGAUAUUCCAUUUUAUUGCUCAAGAGAACCUUUCAUUGGCACUAGAAUUAAGACAGGCAUAUACAUAUACUAUCCGCUGGUAUUAUACGGUUUAUUUUUCUCGUUAUAUCCGCUCACUAACUAUCCUUAAAUUUGUUAAUGUUACAGACCAGUUUGCACUGGGACAAGGUCUUUCCAGCUCGUCAUCAAACCACUCCUAUAGCACGUACUUGAUGGGAGGACGUUCACUGUUAGGCACUUUUAAUAAUACAUGGCAAAGCGAUCAGACUAUCCACCAAUAUUUCCAGGUGGGUAAAAGACUGUCAAUAUUGCAACUAGAAGAUACUGCUGUUAUGGUUUCACAGAUUGCUGAAAAUAACAACAUGCCAAACUAUCUCGAAAUUGGGUUUAAAAACCUCAAUUUGGCCAUUUUAGAUAACUGUAGUGUUGAAUUCAUGUUUCUCAAUGAUUUUUUUACACUAGACGCUAAUGAUAGUGGUGCAGUUCGAGGUUUAGUCGAACAAAUUUUCAAGGCUACCUUUGAUAAUGCCCUGAAAUACACAGAACAACUAAUCGCAAACACUUACGAUAUUUUCGGGGUGCUAAUAUCCAUAAGAAUUGUACACUACUUGCAGUUUGAAGCUCAAAGAAGAAAAUUACCAGUUGUAGAUGACUUUCUAAACGGCCAUUUACUACUUUUAUGGCCAAAAUUCCAAAAACUUGUGGACUUCCAUUGCGAGAAACUCCGCGCAGUACCACCAACUACAAAUGUAGCGCAAGCUCAGGGCUAUGAAAAUGAUCCACUUGUUUCACCACAUGAAUUGACUGUUCAGUUUUCUAAGUUCCUAAACAGCAUGCUAAUGCUAUCAAUAUCGGAAAAGAUUGUUAUAGAUGAGAAGGCAGAACCUCAUUACAAUUCAAUUAUCAGAAUUAGAGACCAGUUUGAAUCAGUACUAAACAAAUGCAGUAAAAAAUCUUCCUCGCCUGAGAAGUUUUUAUUUAUUAAUUACAUGUAUUUGUUAAAUGCAUUACAACAGGCAGGAGGCACAAACCAAAGCGAUAUAGAGCCUCUAAUAAUUAAGGACACAAGGGAGCAUCUAAAUACCAUGGUAGAGUUAUAUGGCAAAUCCUGA